CCGAGGGCACACCUUCAAUUUAGAUUCAAUUUCAUAGUUUCUCAUUCUUUGAGCGCAUUUCAUUCUUAAUCCUUCCCAUUAUUGAUAAGGCUGCCACAAAAAAACAGGCUUCACAUUUAGUAGAAACCCUUAUGGAGCUCAGCAGUAGCCUAUGUCUUCUUAAGUGUCUUGCCUCUGUAUUUUAAUGUGUAACAGCCAGUAUGGUCGUUUCUCUGGUAGGUAAACAAUACAGAGUUAGUUUUAAUAUUUUCUUAAAAUAGCACAGGCUAUUGGCAUGAGAUUAAUGUAUUGGGGAGUUACAACAUGUUCAAUAAUUGUUGCCUUACUCAGUAACAACCAUCAGCAGAGAAAUGUAUAGGUUUAAAAUUUAUAAAUGUUAUUUUCUCAAAGUAGUCUAAGUCUGCUUGUGCAGUGGGUAAACUGGUAUAGAGUCAGACAAUGUAUUGUAAUCAUACACUUUAAACUAAUGGCAUGCCUUGCAUGGUACAACACAGAUUUCUGCAUAUUAAAUUGAACCAAUUAAGUUAUAGAUAUUAAAUAAUGGCAAUGAAACAAUCAAAUGACAUUCUAAAAAUAUCUGACCAAUUUAAUUAAUGUGUAUUAAAUGAGAUGAAGAGGUUCCCCACUGUUAGCUAAGAACGGUAAGCCUAGCACUCAUCAGACUUUCAGGUUUAGUCCCCUGCUGUAUAAUACAUAUGUCUGAUUAAAUUUACAGGGUAUUGACCUCACAAAGUAAUCCCACCUCUAUCCAAAAAAAGAUGUCAAACGUGUGACAUGGUUAUCCUCUUAAUUAUUAGCAAAGGCAGACUUGAUUUAAAAAGGAGGUAUCCAAAAUCUCAUUCAGUACUGCAUAUAAAUGGUUGAUGUGUAGAGCAGUUUGUGUCUCAUCAAGUAUCUCAGGCAAGUGAAUUGUCUCUUGGCUUGGUUGAAAGAAUGGGAAAUAGCAAAAGCAGAGGUCUGUCACGGGAUCUGCUGGAUGACUUGAAACGCAACACCAAGUACAGUGAGGAGGAGUUAUGUGCCUGGCACAACACCUUCCUUAAGGAGUGCCCAAGUGGCAGGAUCAGUAAAGAGCAGUUUGAAAGCAUCUAUGCCAGCUUCUUUCCAGAUGCUGAUCCCAAAGCCUAUGCACAGCAUGUUUUCAGGAGUUUUGAUUCCAACAGCGAUGGAACACUGGACUUCAAGGAGUACAUAGUGGCACUCCACCUCACUUCAUCUGGGAAAACAAUGCAGAAGUUAGAGUGGGCCUUUGCACUGUAUGAUGUUGACAGAAAUGGCACUAUCAGCAAAAAUGAGAUCCAGGAAAUUGUCAAGUCAAUAUUCAAUAUGAUCUCCAAAGAAGACCAGAAGUACCUUCCAGAUGAUGAAAAUACACCAGAAAAGAGAACAGAGAAAAUUUGGGACUUUUUUGGAAAAAAAGAAAAUGAUAAAAUAACUGAAGGGGAGUUUAUUCAAGGAGUCAUGGGAAACAAGGACAUUCUCAGAUUGAUUCAGUUUGAUAAACCCCAGAAAGUUCAAGAAAGGCUAAAGGAAAAAAAACAAUAGCUUUAAGAAAUAGUUUUUGUUUAGUAUUUCGAUUACUAUCCGUAUAUAUUUUCCUUAUAUACAGCUUCUGCUUGCGUGCAUUUUAUAUUUUUCAAAUUUGAGAAUUGAAAACCUUCUGGAAUUUGACUCAUUAAUAAUCCCAUUGUAUCAAACAAUUUUCUUAAGGUCAAAUCAGUCAGUGGGUCAUUGCUGGUCUGAGAUCAGUGCAUGCAUUCCUUUCAUUAUCAUUGGUCCACUUGUCCCAAGCUGCAGAUUGACGUAACCCUUAUACAAUAGCAUACAUAUUCUCAGAGGCACUGUAGCCUUUCGCAUAGUCACUAUUAUAUUGUAACUACUAUUAAUGCUUGAUGGCAUUGUUAGCUUCAUUAUAAAGCUGGACAUAUCUCUUUUUGUUCAGCCUUAGUACUAUAUUGUUUCUUACAAUGUAGAUAUUUGUUCCUAGAUAGA